AUGCUUAAACUGAAACCGAGCGCGCCUGGAAGAUCCCACCGUCGCCGCAAAGAGGGCAAAAAGGCCACGGUAGAAACCGACGCUUCUUCAGAAAAGAGUAGACCAUACUCCAGCGACAGCGAAGGUAGUUGGCUUGACGACAUUGGACCAUCUGAGAGUGCUUCUGUAGUACCUGAGAAUCCGCAAGUGUCUUCUCAACGCGUUGCUCAUCAAAGCCAUCGAAUGGAAGAUCCUUCUUCUCCAAACUUGGCUUCUAAUGGCUUGGGCGGUCAUCCGUUAGUUCACUUUGGCGGAUAUUCAGGUAUACCUCAGAUGCCUCCUCCAAGGCGCCGCAGGAGUGGAAUGCACGAGCCGACCACAGGAAAUCCCUCAAUGGAAUAUCCCUCUCAUAGAGUUCGAUAUCCUCAGGCUCCCAAUAUGCAGAGAAAUCCUGGGCCUCAAUACUCUUCGGCCCCGGAUAUGCAAAGCAAUCCCCAAUAUCCCCCAGCUUCAAAUGGGCAAGGCAAUUCUGAUCCCCAGGCAGGAGUCAAUCCGUACGGAUAUUUCGGCCCGAACUAUCAAAAUGUUCACUAUAACCCCUAUGCCAACCACUACCCACCUGGCAUGAUACCAGGUAACCCAUAUCUUACCUUCCCAGCCGCUCCACCGGCUGCGCCUCCUCGUGAACAGUCGCCUCCUCCCAGGGAAGAUCCUGACAAGAUCCGUUUGGAAGCCGAGAUCGCUGCUUUCAAGGCCAUGGAAGAAAGGGCCAAAGCGGCGGAAAAGCAAAAGGAACGGGAAGCCCAAAUAAGAAAGGAGGCUGAAGAAGCUUUCCACCGUAGAAUGGAAGAUAUGAGAUUAGCUCAAGAAGAAGCCAAAAAGGAGAUCGAGUGGGCCAGGCUUGAGGCACAAAGGCUAGCACGAGAGAACCUUGAGACGGAAAGAAAAGCCGAGGAAAUGCAGGCAAAGAAGCAUGCUGAAAUGAUGGCUUCUGCCGAGGAGGCAGCAAUAGAGAGGCUACAAAAAGAAAAGGAAUCGGAAGAAGAGAGAGCAAAGCAAUUAGCCGACCUUGAGAGAGAAGUCAGGUUAAAACUUGAAUCAGAAAGGAGAGCUAAGCUUGCUGAGCAAGAAGCAAAGGCAAGGCAGAAUGAGGAUCUUGAAAGACUCGCAAAGUUGAAGAUGCUACAAAGUAUGGAUGAGAUAGUCUCUUUGACAAAGAAGAAAGUGCUUCAUGAGCUUGUCAUGGACGGAGACCUGACUGGGAGACAAGAUUGGCUCAUCAAAGUGCAAGAUGAAAUCGAAGCUGGAAAAGGUCAAUCGCGCAAUGGAAGCUCGAUAGAUGGAGGUCGGACCUCGAUCUCCAAACAAGGCCUGACGCCACGCCAUGCCACUGCUUCAACGGUUCGCUCAGCUUCAAGUGCAUCAGCCAAGCUUUCCACUGUCUCGCCAGCUCCUCCCGAAGCACCCAACGUACCAGAAUCAUCAGACUCUGAAAGUGCCCAAAGCAGAGUCGGCACGGAUCCAUUGACUGGUCGAACAUACCCUCAACUACAUAGGUUCGGAAGCCAACGGCAAGAAACCCAUGACAACGAUCUGGUUGGCCAAAUAGCAGAUGCCGUCAUCGAAAGACUGAUGAGCUCUCCAUACUACGACGUUUCGAUUCGUCAUCGCCAACAGGCAGAUCGAUAUUACAGUACAAAUUCAUUCACUCCGGCUUCGAAUCCUUUCGAAGGAGGAAGCCGGUUUGGGAAUCAAGAGAGCUUUGGGUACGGCCCUCCUCCGUGUGGACCGAUGCGACGAUUCUACGUGCCCCCUAAACCAGAUCACCUCCGUGGACGAAGCCUCAAAGAACCUGGUAGGUCGCCAUCAUUUAGCCCGCCCGCACAGCAAGAUGUUCCAGUCUCUCGUGGCGGGAGCAGGUUGUCGACUAUUCACAGUGCACCUUCGCCCCCACCACUGGAAGAGUGGCUCGACAGUACUCAAGCGGCGACCAGCUAUUCAGAAGUUGAGACGGUCACCCAAGAACCGCCCGGGAUACGAAUGGGCUAUGUAGGAGCCGAGGAAGUACUGCCAGGGCACUCUAAUGCCUGGUUUGAAGAGUCGUUACACAGGAUGGAAAAGGUCAAUGCCAGUGUUUAUGUAACUGAGCAGGGAGUUGAGCAUGGCUUCCGGUAG